UUUUUUUUUUUUUUUUACAUUUCUAGUAAAAUUUAUAGGUGAUGUUAUUUGUGCAAUAUGAACAAUUAUGUUGUCCAAAGAGUUUGUUUAAGGCUAACUACUAAAAGUUUGAUCUUAACCAUUACAGUCUGAUGAAGAGUCCAGUUCUUUGUCCUUCAUGAAAUUUUCUUUUGCUUGCUUAGUAGCUUUGAUUGAAUAAUCUGUUCCAUGUUCUUUCAAAUAACAGAGCAAUUACUAGUUGAGAAAGAAAUUCUGGGUUGAUUUUCACUCUGAAGUAGCUUUACAAAAUAGUAAUAAAGUUAGUCUUUGUGCUGGUUGAUAGCUAACAGUAGCUUUCUACCUUAAUUUUUUUAGGUAAUGAGCUGUGGGAUAAAAGGACGUGCUUAAUUUGGAUGGGGUGGUAGCAAACCUCCAACCUCUGGUGUUUCGUAUCCUCUUAACUUACAUGCAGUUCAUUAACGUGACUCUAGCUAGAAAUCUGUUUUGUUCUUUAUAUCUAGUAUUUUUUUUGUUGAGUGUUGGUACACCUUCUUUAACUCUUAAAUCAGUUUCCUUUAGAGUUCUAAAGAGCUUUUCAUAAGAUGGAGGAUGAAAAAUUGAUUUUAAGUGCUUUUUCAAUUGAUCGCCAGCUUUUUCACUUUGAUCGUGUUCUUGAACUGGAAAUUAUUAGGCUGUAGUUGUUGAUCUUUAGUCAUUAGUUGUUGUUGACAUUGAAAAAUGCGAAGUUAAAUGCUUCAAAGUUGUUUUUCUCCCCCCCCUAUAAAAUGUAGGAAAGGUAGGCAUAACAUUAUCAUGUUAACUAGAUCUGUUUGCUAGUAACUCUAGAAUUAAAGCUGUUCUUUGAGAGAGAAAUAUUUUGUUUCCCGUUUUGAAGUAGCUUAGUGGUGUAGUGUCUUCAGAGUUUGAGGAGAGCUGGUGCCAUUUGUAGCUUAUUUGCAUAUAAAGUAGCUUUAUUGCAAUUCUUUAAGAAGAUUCUUUGCUUUCUGUCCAGAUUUGAUUGUGACUCAGUGCAUAAGUCUGAUUGCACCUAGUGUCUCAGUGAAUCAGCAGCUCGAAAGUUCUGUCAUGGUUUUUGUUUUUUGUUUUUUUUUUUUUCAGCUCUUGGUCAGUAUAAAAGUUAGCACACUUCUUGUUGAUUUCGUGUGAGCCCCUGCACUUCAGCUCUGUGUCUUAGGGGAGUGGGAAGGGGUGAUAAGCAGUAUGGUAGAUUUCCCCAUUAGCAAGCGUGUUUUCCUGGAGCUUAGAAGAAGAAAGGCAUAUGUUACAUAAACUUCAUUUCUUUUACUCAAGUACAUAACCCUCUAAGACAGUUCAGCUCUUUCCUGUGCGUUUUGCGUGCUGCUUUUGUGUACUAACACAGUUCAUACACUGAAGGUACAUGCUGCUUUUAGUGCUACUUUUAAAACUUGACAUUUUCAAGCUAGUACUUAAUGUCAGUGCAGUUUAACAAAAUACAUAAAAUUCAAAAUUAUAUGAAGUCUUGAAAUCUGAAGACUGCACUGAGGGCUGAAAAUCUACAUACCCCAAGAACUGGCGCAAAGUGAAUUUAAUACAACAGGUGCUUGAAAACCUCCUGUCUCGGGUAGGCAUGCUUCCUGGUGUAUGUACACACAAGUAGAAUUCCUGGCAGCAUAUCCCCCUCCUAGGGGUGAUAUGGGCGGCAAACACAAGGCUUGAAUAACUCAUUUAAAAAGCAUGAAAGAAAAAAAACAACAUAUAUUAAAAAUGUAGAGCAUGAAAUCUAUAAUCACGCUCACAAGUAAAGUGAGUAGACAAUAAUUUCCAUAGAGCAUCCGUUGAAUGUAUUGAGUAAAUAGAGAUGGACUUUGGGGCACAGUGAUAACUGUGGCAUGGUUUUAGUUCUCAAAAUCUUACUUCUUGGACAUUACGUUGUUUUAAUGGAAGUGAGUGCUACACUUAAAUAUCCAGUCCUGAAGCUUUCCAUAGAUAUCACAAACUGUUGUCAGUGUAUGAUCCCUUUAGCCCGAAGGGCUUGACUGAGAAGCUGAAGAAAUUUUAAGGUUUCUUCAUCCAGUUCUGGUAAUAUGCUGUCUUGGACAUGAAGUAUUAUUCUAAAGGGCAAAGUGAUCCCCUCUUAUAUUAAAGGGGAUUAAUUUAUCCGGGACUAUUAUGAUUAAAACUUUCAACUGUGUGUUUGAGAGGAGAAGGAAGGGAAGGAGAUAAUUUGGCUGACUGAGCAGUCAAAAGAGAGGCUACAAGGUAGCUGAGGUCUGUGGCUGUGUUUAACAAGGCUCUGGCUCAGCACCUGUGUGUUGAAUUGCCGUGUGGUGAGGAAGUGCCCUGGUGCCUCAGAGAAGCUGGCUAAAACAAGUUUAACAAAGGUGCUAAGAAACGGGCUGAUUCCUAUAUUAAUUCUUGUUAUCUCGCAUCCAGGAUGGUGCGCUUCAUGCUCUCACCUGUAGUAAUCUGUAAUUAUCUUUAAGAAAUGGGUUCUGUUGCUGAGGCUCACAAGUUCUAGCCAAGUCCUUUGUCAGAUGACCCAGUGACUAAUAGAGGCCUACCAGAACAAAUUCCUGGAAGCUGAACUAGUGAGGGGGACUUGGUGCAAACAGCCAUAAUCUGCUUCAACGUACAACUAAAGGAAAAGUUGAACCCUUUGUCUCUGUUUGAAGGGCUGUCUGAAAGUAGUAUUAGACAAGACAGAUUGUCAGUAAGGGGUAACUGGGAAGGUGCGUAGUGACUCGUGAUGCUCAGGCAUGAGGUGUAUCUAAUUAUUCAUUCUGAUCUUCAGAGAUCCAUGGGUGCGUUAGAUUGUUCCAUCUGUACAGCUUAGGCAGGGUAGUGGACAAGGAAAGGUGUGGGCUCAGUCUUUUUUCUGCACCGUUCUUCCUCAGUGUCGAGAGACUGAGAAGAGGAAACAGGGCCAUCGUUCCUUAGGUCCUCUGAGGAAUCUGGGGCAGUGGAUCUGUGAAGGCCUGUUGGCAAGCUCCAGUGCCCAUUCCAUGGAUGCUCUGUGCUGAAGAGGAGAAGAGGGGAAAAAAAAAAACUGCUCCUGGUGUCAAACUACCUUUACUGGCUUGCAUGCUAGUUCAGCAGUGAAGCUGCCCUAGUGCUGAGACCAUCGCAGUGUUCUCUUAAGCUCUGGGGCAAAAUCAAGUCUGUUCUCAGCCUCCUGGUGGAGCUUGAAGGGGAAGAAUCUAUAUUGUUAUCCACGUCUUGGGAAGUCUUCAGUCAUUCCUUUUUCCAUGUUGGUACACGACACUCUUUUGGAACUGAAGAUUGGAUCACAAGGAUUUCUAGGAUUGUUCUUGCUGCUCUGCAGGUUAUCAGCAAGCAAGGAUUUGGCACAGACAUCCUAUUUCAUGGCUACCAACAGUCUUCACCUUACUACAUUCUGUCUUCAAUACAAGCCUACGGUGAUAGCAUGUGUGUGCAUUCACUUGGCCUGCAAGUGGUCUAACUGGGAGAUUCCAGUAUCGACUGAUGGGAAACACUGGUGGGAAUAUGUGGAUCCUUCGGUUACUCUGGAAUUGCUGGAUGAACUAACGCACGAGUUUCUGCAAAUACUGGAAAAAACACCUAGCAGGCUGAAGAGAAUUAGAAAUUGGCGGGCUAACCAGGCUGCUAGGAAACCUAAAGGUGAUGGGCAGGUAUCCGAGAACUCGCUUCUUGGCUCGUCUUUGGUCCAGAAUUCCAUUUUGGUGGAUACAGUUACUGGUGUGGCCGCAAAUACAAGUUUCCAAAAACCAUCGACAUCAUUUCCUGCACCGGUACCUCUGACCUCAGGAAGUAUUUCUGUUCCAGAUAGUCAUGCACCUGAAAAUUUGGCAAUACUAACAACAGGGAUGCCAAGUACCUCAUACAAUUUGGCAUCCCACCAGGAAUGGCCUCAGCAUCAAGAACAAAACAGGACAGAACAAAUAUACUCUCAGAAACAGGAGACAUUACCUCCUAGUCAGUAUAACAUGAACUUCCAGCCAGGGACGUCUGUACAGCUGCACUCGGGAGUACAUCACAGACCCGACAAACUUGCCGAGCAUUCUGCUGUCAAGCAAGAGUAUUCUCAUAAGUCAGGAAACAAACACCACGGACAAGUUGCUGCUCCCGUAAUAAUUCCUCAGAAAAUGUCUCUGGAUAAAUACAGAGAGAAACGCAAACUAGAAACCCUUGAAUUGGAUGUGAGAGAACACUACGUAGCAACCCCAGGCGAACAGCCACACAAAAAACACAUGCCGGCGCAGACAGCCAGCAGUGCUUCCGUUACGUCUCCUAUUAAAAUGAAAAUCCCCAUCACGAACGCAGAGAAGCCUGAAAAACACGUGUCUGAUAAAAAAGAAAAGGGAGGCUCGCUCAAACUGCGCAUACCCAUCCCGCCCACAGAAAAGGGUGCCAGUAAGGAGGAGCUGAAAAUGAAAAUUAAAGUUUCCUCCUCAGAAAGACAUAGCUCAUCGGAUGAGGGCAGUGGAAAAAGUAAGCACUCCAGUCCACACGUUAGCAAGGAACACAAGGAGAAGCACAAAGACCACUCCUUAAAUCGCCACCACAGCAUGGGUCACAAGCACUCCCACUCGCACAGUGGCAGCAGCAGUGGCGGCAGUAAGCAUAGUGCUGACGGCUUAACACCGACUGCUCUGAGGAGCCCCGUUGGCCUGAGUAGUGACGGCAAUUCCUCUAGUUCCGGCUCGUCAAGGAAGAGGUUACACAGCAACGAUGCUUCUCACAACCACCACUCCAAAAUGAGCAAAAGUUCCAAAAGUUCAGGUAGUUCAUCUAGUUCUUCCUCUGUUAAGCAGUAUGUAUCCUCUCACAGCUCUGUUUUUAACCUUCCCUUACCCCCUCCUCCCCCUGUCACAUACCAGGUGGGCUACGGACAUCUCAGCACCCUCGUGAAACUGGACAAGAAGCCAGUGGAGAACGGUCCUGAUGCCCAUCACCAGUACAGUACAAACAGCCAGCAUAUGGACUACAAAGACACAUUCGACAUGCUGGAUUCGCUGUUAAGUGCCCAAGGAAUGAACAUGUAGUCGAUUCUUAGGUUGUUUUUCUUUUUUUUUUUUAAUUUAAGAAUUGUUAGAACGGAAAACUUCCUACUCUAGCAGUGGCAACACCAGCUGUUGCUGCCGUGGUUUCAGUAUAUGUAAGUGCUGCUUUAUCCUUCACUCUGAAAAGAAGAGGUAUAGUAAACGAGUCUUUAUCUCCACAUAUGAUAGUGUUAUAAAUACUGUAAUAGCAUGGAAGGUGCAAAAAAUCUCAGUAUUUCUACAACUGCAGCUAAGAACAGUAGAAUGAACGUCUGCUUUUAGGUGCAUAGGAUGCCUCGAGCAUUGAUUAUUUAUAAUUUUGAGUACCGCAGCCACAACUUUUUUGUUGCUUAGUUUUUGAAUGAGUGUAAUUGUUUUCUUGUGUAUUUAUACUGUAUGUAUGAUUUGCAUGUUUUGAAGAUAAAGGGAUUAAAACAGUAUACUGACAACUGUUUACAAGAAAGUGGAGAAAAAUGUACAUACAUUUUUGUAUGUUUAGAUAUACCAUAAAUACUCAGGAUUGGAGCUGCUUGUAAGUAUAACAAAAUACACAUAACUUUAUUUUAUCUUGUCAGAGUCCAUCAGUUACCCAAACCGAGAUGGCACUUUGUCUUGUUUAUCUUUAUAAACUGUAGGCCUUAUUGGAAGCCACUUAAAAGGGACACUUCACUAGAGAAGGUAUCCAGUACCAUGUAGGGUCUCCACCAGACAGUAUUACCCGCGAGGCAGGAAACAGGGUGGGCCUCUGCUUGCUGACUGUGGCCAGAGCUUUGAAAUGUCCCUAAUUUCUUGAAGGAAAAAGGAAUUAAAAUAAAAGUUUACAUAAUAUCUUGAUGUGAAGUGCAUUUAAAUGUUUAUUGGCUUGAUGCAGUAAAAUAGACACAGAGCUGUUAAUAAUGGUUAUGUAGAUUUAAUGUGACUUAACUGCAAUUCCUAACUGUCAUGGUGGGAAAAUCAUCUUUUUUUAAGAAGUCAUAAUUUAUUUUAAUAGUAAACAGGAGUCACUGUUCCCAUUACCAUUUCAGAAUAAUAUCCAUGUUCUGAAAUCCAAAAAGUGUACUUGUGUGUGAUGCCAUAUUUCUUUUACAGGUGAAUGCAGUCUUCACAGUAAAUAAGAAUAAAACUAUUGAUAUCCCAACUUUAUAUUCCAACAAUAAAAUAGUUAUCAUUGAUUCUGUGCAUUGUACUUGUCAUUAGUUACCAAAUUGGAAGAUACUUGUUCUGUUUUUUCAGCUCUGUGGGGAAAAAAAUCAGUCUCCCAGUUAAACCACUAGCAUACAUUUUUAUCUGCCUGCAAGUGUCAGUGUUACAGCUUGUGUGCUCUUUCCACAGUGUUUCAAAGUAUAUGACAGGUGUGAAUGUUCACGUGUUCUCAAAGCCAAUACUACAGCUCAGCCUGGAUAAGUGAACUGACUUUCUGGGUUGUUACUCAAAACUAUUCAUAAGCUAUGAAGUACCUCAACACAAACUCAGUAUAUGGUAGCAACAGACAGUUCUUAGUCACUUAUUUUAACUCAGAAGCAAACAGGAUGUGAAGUAGGCUUUUGCUAGUUUUGCUAAGCCACCUCCUUCACUUCGUGCUUGUGUAAUUCUGUCAUCUCAGAUGUCAGACCCGGCACCUAGCCCUUCCAGUUGUGUUACUCAAGCGUGCUUUAAAUGAUGAAAACUGCUCAAAACCUACCCAGAUGGUAGUUGCUGUAUGAUACAGGUAUAUCAAUUACUAUGUAAUACUCUCUUUCCAGUAAUGCAAACGCUUGUAAUUACUUGAAUAAGUUUUAUUUGAAUGAACUAUGGAUACUUUUUUUUACACUAAGGAAUAUUUAAAUGGAAACCUGAUGGCAUCUUCUGCUAAAUCUAACCUGAAAUCUUGGCCCAUGUACAAAACGCAAAGCUGUCUUAUCCUUACUGUGGUUGAUUUUCUCUGUUCAGAAUGUAUUUAAACCCUUUGUUACAUUUCUGCAUUGUUGAGUAUUUUCUAUCCUUUUGUAGUCUGUUUCCUUUCCAUCUCAGCUCUACUCUUAGAUCUGGCUUUUAGCAAAUGUAAUCUGCAUUAUGUACUGUCCUAGGCUAUAGCAUGGGCAGAUGGAUGAAAAAGCAGUAAGUUGUCUACAUUUUGUCUUUAAAGCACUACACUGCUCUUCUUUUAAAGCACUACACUGCUUUUCAAGUCUGUUUAAAUAGUUGUGCCAUUAAAUGCAUCUUACACAGCCACUUUGGAUAAGCAAUAUAUUGUACUGUAAAUAUAGCAAUUCCUGUCAUAAGUUGGAGUUGAAAUGUCUGGAUGAUAACUAGUGCCUGUCUAAUAGAAAUUGGAAAAGAGCAUAGGUCUUCAUCUUAAGGUGCUGUUUCAAAAUAACUAUUUCCUAUUUUGAUUCUAGGAAAUUGUGAAACCUUGUGGACAAAAUGUUGCUAUGCUACAUUGAGAUCCGAACUGAUUUUUGGUUUCUCUGUAAAGAAUAUCCAUACAAGUCAUUGGUUUUGAUUUUCAAUGUGACUGUAAAUAUGUGAAACUGUAUUUGUCUUUGUGUCCGGAACUAAAUUCAGUGUGGUGGGAGUAGGGGGUGAGAGGAAGGGAGAGGACAUGCAGCGAGAUGCCACUGAUGUUCCCUGACCGAAACCCACUGCCAAUUAGUGAAUCGUGUGAACUGGGGCCUGGCUGAGGUGUCUGAAAGGAGUGAAAAUUCACUCACUGAUCAGCCUCAACCUCCCAAGUGAAUGACUGAAUAAAUGCAAUAAAAGGCUAACAGAUGACACUAUUACUCUGUUCAUCACCGAUUACAAGUUUUUUGUUGUAAAUUGAGUACAUGCAUUAUGUAAUUUUGUAAAAUUAAGCUUUAGUGCAGACCUUGCUAUGACACUAUUAAAAAUAUUCCCUUUUUGUGAGAUACAAGGUUUGUAGAAUAGUGAGAUUCUUUUGUAUGUUGAAACUUAAUUCUGUUCCUAAUGGUGGGAGUGCUGAAGUAAUGUAUCUCACUGUGAUCUGGUACUUCGGUAUUUGCAUAAAACAGCAGUUCUGUAUAUUCUUUUGGCAAAUUGUAAAUAUAAAUGUUUCAUAUUAGCAUAGUUGAAUUUUUGAGGUACAGCCAUUUGUGUGAGAUUAGAAAGAAACUUUAUUUCUAAGAAAUUGUAAAAAAAAAAAAAAAAAAAAAAAAAGUAUUUUCAAUAAAAUUCCCUACCUCACCUCUAUUGUGCAGAAAUUAUCCCAUUUCCUGUUUAAUUUUCCAACUUCAUGUGCAGAUCCCUGUUAAUUAUUGGCAAAAACACUGUUUUCCAUCAAAACAAUCAAAUAGUAAAUUACUUUAAAGUUCUACGUAUAA